AUGCGGGAACGUCAGGAGCUGGAGCCAGUAGCAGAGCAGAAGCGUGUGCUGAGACAAGAGAAUGUGAUGAGGGGCAUCCGUGCAGGCGUUGUCCAUCCUGCACCUUUCAUCACCUCGUCCGCCAAUCACAUCGUGAAACCGCUGAUCCCUCGGCGCCUACAGCAACUCAGUUCAACCAAUACAAGCUUGGAAUUCCCAUCUUGA